AUGGGGGACCCUCCUUGUCUCCCGCCUCUCCACGCGGCGGCGGCCUCUCUCCUCCUUCUCCUCUGUCUCCCGUUUGCGGCUUCUCUCUCUCCCUUCUCCUCCCCGCUGGCGUCUGGGCUCCAGCACUGGCGAGGGCCCCUCCAUGGCAGGGCAUGGCCAGUGCAAGGCUCCCCCGAGCCCACGCCGCGCGGGCGGAGUGUUGCGCGGCUGAGCAGGUGGGAGACUGCGGCGUGUCCCGAUGGCGGGCCCGGCUUCGCGGCGCGACGCGGCUUGGGGAGAGGUCCAGAGGACGAGAGGGCGUGGAGAGGAGAGAGAAGAAGCACGCGCGCCUCCGCGACCUCGAGAGCGGGGUUGGCCUCUUCAGGCUAUGCGGGCCGCGAGGGAUCCGGCGAGGGGAUGGAUCGCCACUUUGUGUGCGCCUUUGUCUCUGCAGUCUCUCGGGGCUGGCAGGGGGACCUUCAACGGGGGCCUGCAAGCCUCUCUGUGGAAACCGUGUGGACCGCGGGCGUGCAGCGGGCCCUGGGGGCGCCGUGGGGUCCCAGGCGGAAGCCGCGGAGUCCCGCCGGCGCGGGCGAAGGAGCCGGUCAGGCGUUCGCGCCUCUAUUCUUUCUUCUCCCGGCGGGAGGUAACGGUCGCUUCUUCUCCGCCGGGGGCGGAGAGGAAUCCGCAGCCACUCCAGCAAAACACACCUCAGCAGCACAAGACGCAAGCCGGGGCGCGCGCGCGCGGAGUGAAUGUGCGUUUUUUGAAAAGCCCGACUUUGUGUCGAGUUCGCUGGGGGCGAGCCGGGCCUUCCCACGAGGGUCGCGGGUCUCUUUUUCCGGCGAGGCCGCUUGCCUCGCUGCCUUUGACGCCCCCCGCGGGGGGGACGCGCUCGCGCCUCCGCUCUCUGCGCGUGCGCUCUUUCCCCCUCCACCUUCUCCAUUCGUCCACACAGCGCCUUUCUGGCGUCCUUCGCUCUCCUUGCCUCGCUUGCCGGCGCGCGGCUUUCCUUGCGAGGCGGUUGGAGGCUGCAUGUCGCAAACGUCCUGUAACUUGAUGCGCGGCCCUUCGCCUGCCGUCUCCACAGAGGCCGCGUCUUCUCCAAAGGGGGCCGUCGCCUGCGCGGCUCCUUCUUCACGAGCCUCGUCCUCCGCCUCUUUCUCUUUCUCUCGCCUGCAGGCGACGCACAACGACCUGCCUGCGCUGGCGCCCCCGGACGAGGCUUCGGCGGCGGGGUCGGCGCGCGCUUCCGACUCUGAAGCGCCUGCGGUCCUCGCGGUUGAACUCGACAGCUUCGAGGCCGCGCCGCCGUAUGUCGCUCCGCGUCUGCCGCUCCCCAUGCACACUUUCUGGCCACAUCCCUCUGCGCCCGCAGUCCCUGCGGCGUCGCUGCUGCCUCCGCGGGCCGCCACCCCCCCGCGGCUCGCGCGCGCGGAGGCCCGCUACCAGCGCCUGUCGCCGAUUAAGACGCGGCGAGUGCUGGCGGAGAUUCGCGGGAUGUCUCUUGGGCAGGCGCUGGCGCACCUGGCGACGUCGCCGCGGCGGCCGGCCUUCCAGGUCUUCAAAACGAUCCAGUCUGCCCUCGCGAACGCGAUUCACGCGUUCGGCGAAACCACGCUGCAGCCGCGCAUCCACUCUAUCACCGCCAACAACGGCCCCGUCUUCAAACGCCCGAUGCUGCGCGCCCGCGGCCGCAUGGACGUCCUGCGGAGGCCUACGACGCACAUCCGCGUGAUACUCGAAGUCUAG